AACCACUAAACCAUAAACUAUGAACCUAAGAAACAACAAUGUCUGCUUCUCGCGUCGAAGAACUAAUCAAUUAUUUCAAGUCCCAUAAUAAAAUCAGAGAACAACAAAGUCAUUCUGCUAAAGUACACAGCGUAGGUUGGAGUUGCGAUGGAAAACUAUUAGCUUCGGGCUCAUUCGAUAAAUCUGUUUGCAUUUUUUCUCUUGGACCCGAUCGUCUGAAACAAGAAACAACAUUUAAGGGGCAUGGUGGCAGCGUGGACCAAUUAUGCUGGCAUGCUUUUUAUCCAGAACUAUUAUCUACUGCGAGCGGAGACAAAACAGUUCGUAUAUGGGACACAAGAACUCAAAAAUGUACAGCGAAUAUCAGUACAAGAGGAGAAAAUAUUAAUAUCUCUUGGUCACCGGAUGGCAAUACGAUAGCAGUUGGAAAUAAGGAAGAUUUAGUAACCUUCAUUGAUGCUCGAGUAAUGAAAAUUCGUGCAGAAGAACAAUUUAACUUUGAAGUAAAUGAAAUUUCAUGGAAUAAAGACUCUGAUACUUUUUAUCUUACUAAUGGUCAAGGCUGUGUACAUAUUCUUAGCUACCCAGAUCUAGAGUUGUUACAUGUAAUUAAAGCACAUCCUGGAACAUGUAUUUGUAUAGAAUUUGAUCCCACUGGAAGAUACUUUGCUACUGGUUCUGCGGAUGCAUUGGUUUCCUUAUGGGAUGCAGAUGAAUUAUGUUGUUUAAGAACGUUUUCGAGAUUAGAAUGGCCAGUGAGAACUAUAUCAUUUUCAUAUGAUGGACAGUUGUUGGCUGCAGCAUCCGAAGAUCUCGUUAUAGAUAUCGGUGAAGUGGAAACUGGAGAGAAGAUCACAGAUAUACCUGUAGAAGCAGCAACUUUUACAGUGGCAUGGCAUCCAAAGCAAUAUUUAUUAGCAUAUGCGUGCGAUGAUAAAGAUACUUAUGACAGGAAACGAGAUGCUGGUAGCCUAAAAGUAUUUGGAUUUGCCAAUGAUUGAAUAAAUAUUUUUAGAUUUUUUUAAUUAAAUAUAUCAUUGUAUAAAAA